UGAGGACGCAUCGGCAUCUGAUACUUGGUCUAUGGGCGUCGGCUUCCAUGGAGGAGAAUCCAUGUAACUGAUAAGCUGGCAAGAUAUCCUAUGCCCACCUUCAAUGGUUCCAGGCUGGUAGCUUCUCCAUCAUCACCAAAGCUCCUGUCUUUCCGAAACCCCAAUAAUCCAUCCUACACACAAGGGGGUUCUGCAGCUUCCAUGAAAGAAACUUCAGGACUGUUACGCUCAUUCUCUGCACUGAAAUCAUUCUCUGACAAAGUGGGAGAUGCCUUUGCCAAACUUAGUUCUUCAAUUAAGCAUAGAAAAGAUCAUCAGAAUCUUAAGAGGAGAUUGUUAGAGGCCAUGAAACAGAGAGGCUAUUCGAACCAAAAUACCUUCAGAUCAAUCAAUAGCAUCAUCAUGUGGUUCCCGCAUUUCAAAGAAGGGUUGCAAAAUAUCAAGAAUAUCUUUGAAAAAUACGUUUCUCAAUUUGAUGCUGAUUUAGUACGAGCCGUAAUUAAAAGAACAAAGUGUGUUCUGGCACACAUUCCAGAUGAGGAUUCAAAUGGCACGAUGGAUCAUGAAGAACUAAAGAAGUGCCUGAGAAUGCUGCAAAUCCAACUUUCGGAGAAGGAUAUCGAUCGUCUUUAUCAUUACUGUGACAUGGAUGAAAACAAAGGAAUACAAUACCAUGAAUUUAUUGUUCUCCUUUGCUUUGCUUAUCUUCUGGCAGGACCUGACUCUGCAACUAAUAAUAUGUCAAAUUCUGCAUCACGACAUGUUGAAGCCACCUUUGAUAAGCUUGCAGAAGCAUUUGCAUUUCUUGACAAAAAUGGUGAUGGAAAGCUGGAUAAGAAGGACAUCAUUCUGGCACUAAACGAAGCACCUUCAAAGGAGAAAUCACCGACUCAUAUUACAAGCAGAAGAUUCAAAGAAAUGGACAGAAACAAGGAUGGAACAGUGUCUUUCAAAGAGUUCCUUUUCUCCUUGAUAAAAUGGAUUGGAAUAGACACAGAUCAUGAGAAAGAACCUCUGAGAACCAUUGAAGUUUGGUAACACAAGCUUUAUGUUUGUGCUGCAGAUGGAAUUAUUUUCUGCCUUUGGAAAUCCACAACUUUCGUGAUUCACAAGAUGCAUAAAGCAAAGUUCCAAAAAGUUUUGGGUGAAGACUUGGCAUCAGAUUCUGACCAAACUCCUUUAACUUCCUGGAAUUCUUGCAGCAAAAGAUAUGGAUGAUGGAGACAUUUGGAAAGCUACAGAGCAACACAUUGUUCUAAUGUCCUCAUGAAGAAUCUACGAUGUAAUGUAGAUACAAUCGACAUUGUGUUCCUUCUGCAACAUUUGUAUCUCUUGAUCAGAUCUCAGAAACAGGACUGUGUUGCCGAAGAAUGCCUACUUGCAGUGAGCAGAUUCACAAGCUAAAGAGUGACAAGCAGUAUUUACAAAGACAAAACAAAGAUCUCACAGCACGGUUUUGAGUACACAAAAAUGAGCUCUGUAUCUGAGAUCUUACUGUAUGCCAAGAGCUUGUAUUCUCCUGACCAUUGACAGGGAAGAAGCGUUCUUCUCA